AUAGGCACUUUACGGUCUUUCGGAAUACGAGGUAAUAAAAAACAACGCAAGUUAAAAAUUUUGUUCCUAGCUAUAAAAAUAUUUUGUAAUGUAGACUUUGCACCUCAUUCAAGAAUUUAUUGAUGCCAAUUUAAUUAUAAAAAUGGAAGCUUGGAUUAAAUUAAAUAGUGAAAGUAUUGGUCGUGAUAAAAUUGCAAGGUUAAUACAAUAUUUCUCAAGAGCUGUUUGGGAUUCUUUGGAACAAAAUCAUGCCAGCCCAAUAACAGUCGAUCAGUUUAAAACUUUGGAAUAUAUACUGAGUUCCUUUAGAAAACUUUUACGUUUUGGGAAAUGUCUUGAUGUUUUUUAUUCAAGUUUAAAAUCAUCUCAUUAUCCAGAUAUUGCACUUCGUAUAACACUGACGAUAGGCAAAUUAUCACAAUCAUUAUUUCUUUUAGCUGAUCAUAUAAUAUGGUUAUCUAGAACUGGAUUAUUUAAAAACAUAAAUCCUAAAAAAUGGGGAAAAAUCGCAAAUAAAUAUUGGUUGUUAUCGAUAAUUAUGAAUUUAGCACGAGAUGUAUAUGAAAUUCACAGACUUAUUGAUUUGCACAAUUCAUGUGGUAAAGUUGGAAUAACAAGAAGUAGGGUUCCUUUAUCUAUUACGUCGUCCAGAGAUUUAUCUCGUUUAGCUUUAUAUUCAUAUGGUAUUAUGCUAGGUCAUCAAGAUGUUGCGGUAGACACAAUAAAAAAUGUAUGCGAUUUAUUCAUUCCAUUAACAGCUUUAGGAUAUACAAAUUUAAGCGCAAGAACAAUUGGAAUAUUAGGUAUUCUGUCAAGUGCAGCAGGAUUAGUUGCACUUAUUCAGCCAAAAGCUAAGUUAUUACCAGCUUAAAAGUUAUACUAAAUAUAUAUAUAUAUAGUUCAAAAAUAUUGUUAAGUUCUGUAGUUUUAUGUAUUGUUCCAAUUUUUUUACUGUUAAAUUAUGAAAAGGGAUAUAUGUAUGUGGUAGGUGCCUACCUACCUACUCACAAAUAAAUCUAAAAAUUUAUUAUGCUUCUAAGAAACAUUUUAAAAUAUGUAUUUGAAAAAAGCAGUUAAAAUCUGCUGACGGGUUAUUUUUAAAAUAAUAAAUUAUUUUUUAUAACUAUGAGAGAAAUAAAAAAUUUGUUUUUGUUUUGACUAUGCCAAA